AUGGCCACAAGGCAGCGUCCUCCGCCGUCAGCACCGCCGCAUCGUUCACCGGCACGCAACGCAUCUGCUGAAACCUCUUACAACAUAAUCCCAAUCCACAACCUUCUCGCUGACCAUCCGUCCCUUCGUUUUCCGGAAGUACGCGCAGCCACCGCUGCUUUACGCGCCGUUGGAGACCUCCGUAAACCACCUUUUGUUCCAUGGCAGCAACACUACGACCUUCUGGACUGGCUCGGCGCCUUCUUUGGUUUCCAAGCCGCCAAUGUCUCAAACCAACGCGAACACCUUGUCCUCCAUCUCGCCAACGCUCAGAUGCGACUGCAGCCACCGCCGGACAAUGUCGACACCUUAGAUCCCUCCGUUCUCCGCCGUUUUCGGCGUAAACUUCUCAGCAACUACACUCACUGGUGCUCGUUCAUUGGCCGUAAAUCUAACAUCUGGAUCUCCGACUCACGUCGCGAAUUCUCCGCCACCGACCACCGCCGUGAGCUCCUCUACGUGGCGCUUUACCUACUUAUUUGGGGCGAGUCCGCCAAUCUACGGUUUAUUCCUGAAUGCCUCUGUUAUAUAUUCCAUCACAUGGCGAUGGAAUUGAACAGAAUACUCGAAGAUUACAUCGAUGAGAACACAGGUAGGCCUGUUUUACCUUCCAUAUCAGGGGAAAAUGCCUUUCUGAAUCGUAUCGUUACGCCAAUUUACGAAACUGUUAAGGCUGAGGUAGAAAACAGCCACAAUGGAACCGCACCACAUUCAAAUUGGCGAAAUUACGAUGACAUUAACGAGUAUUUCUGGAGUAGAAGGUGUUUCGACAAACUAAAAUGGCCAAUCGAUAACGGAAGCAACUUUUUCGUAACAACCAGUAAAGGUAAAAGGGUCGGGAAAACCGGAUUUGUCGAGCAGAGAUCGUUCCUGAACUUGUUUAGGAGCUUCGAUAAGCUAUGGAUCAUGUUAAUUUUGUUUCUACAGGCUGCAAUUAUAGUUUCCUGGGAAGAAGAUUAUCCAUGGCAGGCAUUAGGGGAUAAAGACACUCGCGCUAGGGUUCUGACAGUUUUCAUCACUUGGAGCGUAUUACGCUUCAUACAAUCUCUGCUCGAUGCUGGAAUGCAGUAUAAACUAGUUUCUCGAGAAACAUUAUGGCUUGCCGUUCGUAUGAUUUUGAAGAUCGUCGUUUCCGCCGCCUGGACCAUCAUUUUCGUGGUGUUUUACGCCAAGAUUUGGAAUCAGAAAAACAAUGAUCGCCGGUGGUCUGCCGCCGCUAACAGGCAAGUCGUGACUUUUCUAGAGGUUGCUUUCGUUUUCAUCACCCCCGAGCUUCUAUCCCUAGCUCUCUUCGUUCUCCCAUGGAUUCGCAACUUCCUUGAAAACACAAACUGGCGAAUCUUUUACAUAAUCACAUGGUGGUUUCAGAGCAGAAGCUUCGUAGGCCGUGGACUCCGCGAAGGUCUAGUGGAUAACAUAAAGUAUUCUCUCUUCUGGAUCUUCGUUCUCUCCACCAAAUUCAUCUUCAGUUACUUCUUACAAAUCCAACCAAUGAUCCAACCCACAAAAGAUCUCUUAAACCUUCAAGAUGUAACAUACGAAUGGCACCAAUUCUUCGGAAACAGCAACCGAUUUGCAGUUGGGCUUCUCUGGUUACCUGUGAUCUUGAUUUACUUAAUGGAUUUACAGAUCUGGUACUCAAUUUACUCUUCCAUUGUUGGAAUGGCAGUUGGAUUGUUCAACCAUUUGGGCGAAAUCCGAAACAUCCAACAACUAAGACUCCGAUUCCAGUUCUUCGCAAGUGCAAUGCAAUUCAAUCUCAUGCCCCAAGAACAAAUGUUAACUUCACGAGGCUCUCUCAAGACUAAAUUCAAAGACGCUGUUCACAGAUUGAAAUUACGAUACGGGUUCGGGAGACCUUUCAAGAAACUCGAAUCAAACCAAAUCGAAGCUCACAAAUUCGCGUUAGUAUGGAACGAAAUCAUCUCAACAUUUCGUGAAGAAGAUAUAAUCAGUGACCAUGAAGUUGAGUUACUUGAAUUGCCUCAAAAUAGUUGGAAUGUUAGUGUGAUCCGUUGGCCAUGUUUAUUAUUAUGCAAUGAACUGCUUCUUGCUCUUGGUCAAGCUAAAGAAUUGGUGGAUGCCCCUGACAAAUGGCUUUGGUACAAAAUGGCGAAGAAUGAGUACAGAAGGUGCGCUGUAAUCGAGGCUUACGAUAGCGUGAGACACUUGCUGCUCACGAUAGUAAAGGUAAACACUCCCGAACACUCGGUUAUCUCAACUUUCUUUCAAGAAAUCGAUAACGCGAUCAAAAUCGAAAAGUUCACAAAGACUUUCAACAUGCUUGCACUUCCAAAGAUCCACACGAAGACAAUCGUUCUUGUGAAUCUUUUAACAAACCCCACGAAAGAUUUAAACAAAAUCGUGAACACCCUCCAAGCAUUAUACGAGAUUUCCACACGGGAUUUCUUUAAAGAUAAACGGGGUAUGGAUCAAUUGAAAGAAGACGGAUUAGCCCCUCACUUGUCAGAAACCGGGCUCCUUUUCGAGAAUGCUAUUGAGUUGCCCGAUUUGGAUAACGAAAGCUUCUAUCGACAGGCGAGACGAUUUCACACAAUUCUUACAUCCCGGGACGCGAUGAACAAUGUCCCGGUGAACCUCGAGGCGAGACGUAGGAUCGCGUUUUUUAGCAACUCGUUGUUUAUGAACAUGCCACAUGCUCCACAAGUUGAAAAAAUGAUGGCGUUUAGUGUCUUGACACCUUACUACAAUGAAGAAGUCGUGUACAAUAAAGAACAACUUAGAACCGAGAACGAAGAUGGUGUUUCCACUCUUUAUUAUUUGCAGACGAUUUACGCGGAUGAAUGGAAAAACUUUUUACAAAGAAUGAAACGCGAAGGGAUGAAAUCGGAAUCGGAAUUGUGGACGGAUAAACUCCGCGAGCUUCGAAUGUGGGCAUCGUAUCGCGGUCAAACACUUGCCCGGACUGUGCGAGGAAUGAUGUAUUACUAUCGCGCAUUGAAAAUGCUCGCGUUUCUUGAUUCCGCCGCCGAGAUCGACAUCCACGAAGGCUCCCGGGAACUCACCGCCAUGAGCCGCCAACACCGUGGCGGCGGCGGCGGCGGUGGUGGUGGUGAUGACGGUACGGUUUUCAUGAAAUACACGUAUGUCGUCGCGUGUCAAAUCUACGGUACACAAAAGUCGAAAAAGGAUCCACACGCAGAUGAGAUUUUGUAUUUGAUGAAAAACAACAAAGCGCUACGUGUCGCCUACGUGGAUGAGGUACCCGGGCGUGACAAAACCGAGAAAACCGAGUAUUUUUCGGUUCUCGUGAAAUACGAUCGGGAAUUCGAAAAAGAGGUUGAGAUUUACCGGGUGAAAUUACCCGGCCCGUUGAAGCUCGGGGAAGGAAAGCCGGAGAACCAAAACCACGCGAUAAUUUUCACCCGAGGAGAUGCAGUUCAAACAAUCGACAUGAACCAAGACAACUACUUCGAAGAAGCGUUAAAAAUCCGAAACCUUCUAGAAGAAUACCGACAAUAUUACGGUAUCCGUAAGCCAACAAUCCUAGGAGUCCGCGAAAACAUCUUCACGGGGUCCGUUUCGUCGCUCGCGUGGUUCAUGUCGGCUCAAGAAACAAGCUUCGUGACAUUGGGCCAACGGGUGUUAGCCAACCCGUUGAAAAUCCGUUUACAUUACGGACACCCGGAUGUGUUCGAUCGGUUUUGGUUCAUGACACGUGGAGGGAUUAGCAAAGCUUCGAGGCUAAUCAACUUAAGUGAAGACAUUUUCGCAGGGUUUAAUUGCACGUUACGUGGCGGAAACGUGACACACCAUGAAUACAUCCAAGUUGGCAAAGGACGCGAUGUCGGAUUAAACCAAGUCUCAAUGUUUGAAGCAAAAGUCGCAAGUGGAAACGGCGAACAAGUGUUGAGCCGGGAUGUAUACCGGUUAGGCCACCGACUCGAUUUCUUCCGGAUGUUAUCGUUUUACUUCACAACCAUUGGAUUCUUUUUCAACACCUUGAUGAUUUCUUUAACGGUUUACGCGUUUUUGUGGGGCCGAUUGUAUCUCGCGCUUAGUGGAGUUGAAAAUUCCGUGUCCCGUAACGCAAACACAAAUACCGCGCUCGGGACGAUUUUGAACCAACAGUUUAUCGUCCAGCUCGGGAUUUUCACCGCGUUACCGAUGAUAAUCGAGAACUCACUUGAACUCGGGUUUUUAUCUGCAAUUUGGGAUUUUAUCACAAUGCAAUUACAAUUAUCAUCGGUUUUUUUCACCUUCUCGUUGGGCACCCGGGCGCAUUACUUCGGGCGGACGAUUCUUCACGGUGGAGCGAAAUACCGGGCAACCGGGCGGGGGUUUGUGGUCGAGCACAAAUCCUUCGCGGAUAAUUACCGGUUAUACGCGCGUAGUCAUUUCAUUAAAGCAAUCGAGCUCGGGUUAAUUCUCACUGUCUACGCGGGAUACAGUCCGGUUGCUAAAAACUCAUUUACUUACAUCGCGUUAACAAUCUCAAGCUGGUUUUUGGUUUUCUCUUGGAUUAUGGCUCCAUUCAUUUUCAAUCCUUCCGGUUUCGAUUGGUUGAAAACGGUUUACGAUUAUGACGAUUUCAUGAACUGGAUAUGGUUUCGCGGGGGCGUUUUCGUAAAAUCCGAACAAUGUUGGGAAAAAUGGUGGGAUGAGGAGCAAGAUCAUUUACGGACAACGGGUAUUUUCGGGAAGGUGAUUGAAAUCGUUUUGGAUUUACGGUUUUUCUUUUUCCAAUACGGGAUUGUUUACCAAUUGGGUAUUGCGGGGAAUAGUAAAAGCAUCGCGGUUUAUUUACUUUCUUGGAUUUAUAUUUUGGUGGCGUUUGUGAUUUACUCGAUUAUAACAUACGCGAGGGAUAAAUAUGGUGCUAAAGAACAUAUCUACUAUCGAUUGGUUCAAUUUCUGGUUAUAAUUCUCGGGGUGCUGAUAAUUAUUGGGUUGGUUGAGUUUACGGAUUUUGAGUUUCUUGAUUUGUUCACGAGUUUGUUGGCGUUUGUUCCAACUGGUUGGGGGUUUGUUUCGAUUGCACAAGUUUUUAGGCCGGUUUUGGAGAAAACUAGGAUUUGGGGGACAGUUGUUUCGGUUGCAAGGACUUAUGAUAUCAUAUUUUCAAGAUUAUUGUUGGGAAGAAAUCUAAAGCAUGAGGAACAACUUUGGAUUAGAUACAUAUGUUUUGAUAUGUAGAGUUUGUAUGGUUUGUGUAAAGUGGAGUUUCAGUUUCUGUUAGUUAUGCAAAAAGAUGUUUUUGAGGAUUAACAUGAAGGGGAAGUAGAUGAUGAUAUGAUAAAGUAGAGAAUUUUGAGGUACCUGUAGUGAAUGCUUGCUAUGUUAGAUUAACAAAUAUUUUUAUGCAUGUCUUUGGUUUUAUGAAAAGUAUGUUGGCUUACUGAUUGAAUGGUUUUUAUGCUACGUAG